UUUACCCGCACCCAACAGAGGCUGCAGGGUCGAGCUCAGCCUCUUCGUCUUCAUCCAGCAACAGAUCAUCCUCCAGAGUCCAGACACCUCAAAACCAGCUGUCGUAUUAAUCGGUCAAUUUCUCCAUGCUGCCUGCACCCUCCGCCGCCGAGGAGUCCCCGUCCCCGUCGUGGAGCGCCCUGAUCGACUGAGAAAAAGCUCCCCCUCUCUCCAGUGCCUUCCUCUGUGACGUUUGCUCUCCUGAUCCCCCUUCGUUCUCCAUUCGGCCGCUGCUCUUGCCGCACAACAUCGGCGGAGGUCUCAAACCCUACUCUGAGGGAAGGCCGCUUCUCUUAAACCACAAGAUUUAGAAAUAAUAUAAUAAGUCAUUUUUUCGAAUCUGUUAUUCGCGUCUCGAUUAACGAUUUUAGCCAGGUCAUGAAUGCAUCAUCCUUCUCUAGUCCAUCAACUCCGGCAUUGUGCAAGAAGCGGAUCUGCUUUGCAAGGCAAGAAGCUCCACGCCCGGAUACUAAAGACCGGCCUGGACAAGUGUUCUUCCCCAUGUUUUCCCAAUGGUCUCAUUGAUGUGUAUGGGAAAUGUCUCCUACUCAAAGACGCCUGUCAGGUGUUCGAUGGAAUGUGCCAAAGGGACUUAGCUUCAUGGGCAUCUAUCUUCACCGCCCACAACCUUUCUUGCCUUCCUUUAUCCACACUAUCAAUCUUCCCAAACAUGUCACUCCUCGACGGCAUUCAACCUGAUCAUUUUGUUUUUGCCAGCCUGGUUAAGGCUUGUGCUGACCUCACUGCUCUCAGAAUAGGGAAACAAGUGCACGGGCAGUUCAUCGUAUCACGAUUUUCCCACGAUGAUGUUGUGAAGUCUUCCCUUGUUGACAUGUACAAUAAGUGUGAGGCCAUUGAUCACGCCCGAGCCGUUUUUGACUCAAUUUCUCACAAGAAUCCUAUUUCGUCAGCUGCUAUGAUAUCUGGGUAUGCACGAAAUGGGAUGUGGUAUGAAGCUGAGGAACUUUUUCGCUCCUCUCCUGUGAAGACUAUAUCCACUUGGACUGCUUUGAUAUGUGGAAUGGUACAAAGCUGUGAUUUUUUCAAGGCAUAUAGUCUUUUUACUGAAAUGAGAAAAGAAGGUGUUGAUAUUUCAGAUCCAUAUAUCCUAUCCAGUUUAAUUGCAGCUUCUUCUAGUCUGGCAGACUUGGAUCUUGGUAAACAGAUCCAUUGCUUGGUCAUUGUUUUUGGUUAUGAGUCGAGUUUGUUCGUCAGUAACACACUUGUGGAUAUGUAUUCCAAGUGUUCAGAUGUAUUGACAUCGAAAUUCAUAUUUGAUCAUAUGGAGAAGCGGGACAUUGUCUCUUGGACAUCUAUAAUAGUUGCCAUGGCACAACACGGCAAAGCACAUGAUGCUUUGUCAAUGUACGACAAUAUGGUUUUGGAGGGUUUCAAGCCAAAUCAAGUCACUUUCACUGGACUAAUAUAUGCUUGUAGUCACUUUGGCUUGGUUGAGAGAGGUCGCCAGCUUUUCAAGUCCAUGACUGAGGAUUAUGGUUUGAGUCCCUCAUUGCAGCAUUACACAUGUUUGUUAGAUCUCUUGAGUAGAUCGGGGCAUCUGCAUGAAGCGGAAGAUCUGCUCAACAAGAUGCCAUUUGAACCUGAUGAAGCUGCUUGGGUUGCUCUGCUGAGUGCAUGCAAGAGGCAUGGAGAGAGUGAGAUAGGGAUGAGAAUUGCUAACCGCAUUCUGAGUCUUGGCCCCACUGAAGCUUCUACUUGUGUUUUGCUGUCUACUGUUUAUGCUGGGGAGAGCAUGUGGGAGAAAGUGUCUAAAUUGAGGGAGAUUAUGGCAUGUAUGGAGGUUAAGAAAGAGCCGGCUUAUAGUUGUGUUGAUUUGAGUGGCGAAUGAUGAUAUAUUAGCUAUAUGCCACUUAGAUGGUAGCUAAUCAACAAGAUUACCUCUGAUUCAACGUUUGUUUGAGAUCAACAGUGUCACUGAGCAGCUGAAUUUACGAUCUCAACAUUGUUACUACAUGGCAGUAAACUUGUAGAGGGAAUGGCGUGGUUUCGGCUGCAUAAUGCUUCUUACAGCCGACUUGUAGGGGCACAGAAGUCACCUUUUUUCACAGGGAGUGGUUGAGCAGGCAAUUUUUGGUGUUUGCAUAACUGCUAGAGACAAGCUCUGCCGCUAAUCAGAAUACUUCCUUGGUAGUUUCAAGCAAUGCAGAUACACCAACUCAGUGGGAAUUUCAUUCUGUUUAUUACUUCCAGGUUUUUGAACUCUUUCUUAAAAUGCUUCUGUUGCAGGUUCCAAGUCUAUCGCCUUUUCAUUGAAACAUAGGAUUUUAUCAUGUUUGUUGUGUGAUUAAUUGUUGUAUACCUUAUGUUUUAUGUAACAACGCUCAACUUUACAGUGGCAUAGUUUAACAAUUUGUUUUGUUGGGGUGAAAUAAGAAACAGAGGAAUGUGAGGGAGAGAAAUAGAUGAGAAGCGAGAAACUUCUCUUGUUUGGUGAUGAGAGAAAUGGAUUCCGUCACCCUUGCACUUAGUAAAAAUGGGAACAACAAAUCUCUCAACAACCACUGUGGGGUCAGUUGAGGCCAAGCUUAGAUCAACUUGUGGGUCUGGUACUCUAGUUCUUCGACAUUGAUGGCUUUCUGACCUAAAAAUGCUAAAUGGGAUCCUUGGUGUGGUUUCACCUCUGUCUUCGUACUUCCAGAGUGCCAGAGUGCUAAGUGGUUCAUUGAGGCAGGACUUUCAGCUCCGCAUGAUAUUGGUUCAGAAUGCAUCAUUGAAAACGUCACUGUAAGCCUUAUGUUUGACAAGAAGCUUUUCCCAUUUAUCAAUUUUGAAAAGUUACUUCAACAAACUAAGAUUUGUCCUAAGUAAAAGCUUCUGGAUUUGGAUAACUUUGAGGAGCGGUAUGCUAAAAAAGCCCUAUGACAACGCUAAAUCUUGAUACAAAGUGAAAAGUUGAACACUUAAAGUGCAAUAAUAUAACAAAAAAAAAAGAAAUUCUAGCAGCUUUUUAAAUUGUAAUGCCUGCGAAAGAGCAUCUCUAUUAGCAGCGGGUUAAUGACACAAACAGUGGCUAAAUGAUACCAGGCCCCAGAGACCAGAGUAUGAUGGUUGAUGACCGGGCAUUAGAAUAGAGGCCCAGGAUACGGUAAGUUACACUCGGCUCGCAUUUGGUACAGCUCAAAGUGGUUUUAUUCUCUAUUACCAUUGCUCCCAGUCUCCCAUGGUCCCAUUAGUUUGCUUUAAUCUCUCAGAUUUUUUUACAUUUGGGGGUGGUGGACCCGCAGGUUACAGGUAAUUCUGGUUAGGAUACUGUUCAAUAUUGAGUGGGUUUUAGGUUUGUAAAAAGCUAUGGGGUUUUUACUCCAAUAUUACUACAAUGUUACUCCGUCACAAAAAAGUGACCAUUUUUCACCCUUCCAAAAAAGUGACCUAAUGAUUAGGGGUGGACCGGUUCCGGUUCGGGCCCGGUUCGGGCCUGGGCCCAGCCGGGCCUCGGUUCAAGAAGGGGAGGCCCGGAACCGGCCCGGGUAACCCCCGGGUCCGGGCCGGGCCUUGGGUAUAUUUUUUUUUUUGGGCUUUUCCUAGUUAACCCCCACCCCUCCCCCUCAACCCCAAACCAACCCUAACCACCUCAAAUGGCCCAAAAUACCCAGCCCAACCCAAAAACUCAAAAAAAAUUCAAAAAAAUAAAAAUAAAAUUGGCCCGGCCCGGACCCGAACCGGCCGGGCCGGUUCACCUUUUGAAGGGCCCGAGCCCGAACCGAGAAUCCACCGGGCCGGUCCGGGCCCGCACAAUGGCGGGCCGGUCCAGUUCCGGGCCGGUUGGCCCGGCCUGAGUCCACCCCUACUAAUGAUCAUCAUAAUAUAUGUUACAAUUUUAGGUCUAUUUCAUUUGAGGGUCUUCUGGGUUGAACUUUUGGAUGAAAUUUUGUGAGCAUGUUCUUAAUGAAAUGUAUAAGAUCUAUAUAGAAUUUCACAGUGUUGUCAAUCUCGGAUAACGGAGUAUAGUGGUGAGCCCCAAAAACACUAUAGUGGUAUAACGGAUAGCGGGAUGACUGCUAUUUAGACUACUUUCAAAUAUAAUAGAUAAGUAAAUACGGGAAGCAUGUGCAAUACAUACAUAUGUAAAAAUACUCUUUGCCUUACUGGAAGUACAUCUUUUAACUACUAUAAGGUACAUCUAUUACCUUUAAGGUACAUCUAAGGUCUGCAAAGAGACUACUGAAACUAGAUGGUUCACCCUAGGGAUGGACUCGGGCCGGGUGGCCCGACCCGGAACCGGACCGGGACCGGUACUGUUCUGGCCCGGCCCGACCCGGUGGCCCGGUCAGUGACCGGUCCGGGUAGGCCCGGCCCGUGGGUUUUCCGGUCCGGGCUCGGGUCACCCAAAACAAGGCCCGACCCGGCCGGGCCCGGGCCCGGUUCGGGCCAAAAACUAUUUUUUUUUCUUUUUUUUCAAUUUUUUUUAAAUUUUCGGGUUGGGCUGGGUAUUUUGGGCCAUUUGGGGUGGUUUGGGGGGUUGGGGGUGGGAGGGGGUUAAUUAGGAAGAGGAAAACAAAAAAAAAAAUAUAACGGGCCCGGCCCGGCCCGGACCCGGUGGUUACCCGGGCCGGUCCCGGGUCCACCAUUUUUGACCCGCCGGCCCGCCCGGGCCUAGGCCCGGCCCGGACCCGGCCCGGAUCCGAGUCCAUCCCUAGUUCACCCACCUAAUUACUUAGAAAUACUCUUUAGUUUCAUGAGCAAAACAUAAGAUGCUAUUAACAAUCAAAACAUCUUAAAUCAAAACAUUGACUCAAAAACAAGGUUCUAGUGUAAGAGUUUAAGCCUUUAUAAAUUAAUGUCAAAAAAUUUAGAUAUGACUUGCAAGCCCUUUGAAUUCAUCAUUCACCACUCCUCCUCAUCAAAUUGUUCUUCUUCUUCCAACUCUAUCUCAUCUUCAUUGCCAUUUUCACUACUACUGCAAUCAUAAAGUACUUCCUCCACAUUUGUCUGCUCUGCCGCUUCAACAUACUUUAUAACUUCUAUUGAGCGGCCUCUCCCUCUAGAGCUUGUAGCCCCUCUAGAGGUUGUGCCCCUUUCAUUUGUUCUGCUUUGCUGUCUAGUGUUUAUCUAAGACUCACACACACCAGUUAGGUCAGCAACAUCUCCCCAAGUAAAGUUGGUGUCAUCAUAAAAAACCAAAUCAUCCUCGACAUCAUCUCCAUCUCCCCCCAUAACUCCCACUAACCACUCAUCGCUACCAUCAAUAUCGUUUAGGAGAAUUAGAUCAAUCAAAUCAUGGCUAUCAAAUCGCUCCUUAAGAUCUUGGUUAUAUUUAAUAUAAACCAAAUCUUGUAACCUUUGAUGCUCAAACCUAUUUCUCUUCUUCGAAUGAAUCUAUGUUACAAAUUUAUAUUAAAAAACUAUUAGUCCAGAUUCCGGUUUGUUGAAAACAGUACACAAUAUGUUUGUUGAUUGAACUUGUAAAACAUGUAAUAAUAAAGUACAUGCAAGUAAACAUUAAACAUUCUAUUAGGGUGGGUGAUAAAAAAAAUUAUAUGCCUUAACUUACCGGGACCAAGAGUAUCUCUGCCUUACUGCCAGCUUCAACCCAAAGAGACCUUCAGUUCUCGCAUCAAAAAAUCAAUUAGGAAGUCAGUUAAACAAAUUAUUUAUUUUCUAUCCUAAAUUUAUGCACAUUCAAUAUAAAAUAUCAAUUUCAUAAUUACUUUAUGUCGCAUAUAACGAUAUGGAGAAAUGUAUUUUAUUUUUAAUCAUGAAUAUCACAUAAUUUGAAUGUACUCGUAAUUUACUUUUUUUAAUUAUAUUUGAUAAGUACUGUUUCAAUUUCUUAAUGUGAAGUUCUCAAUGCAUAUUUUUAAAUUCUUCUAAUGGUUUAAUCUUGAUGUUGCUAACAAAUGUAAAGUUUCAGUUUGAAAAUAAAUGAGAAAAGUUUUUUGAUUAUUGUUUAACUGCUGACAUUUAUGUUUUUAAUAGACCAACAUUUUUAUCACCUACGAUAGUAUUUUUUAACUGAAUCUGUUAUUUUUUAUUGGGUAUCUUACAAGGAACAUUAAUAAUUAUAUUCAUAUUACUAUAUAAAUUUAAAAUCAAUGUGAUUUUUGAUAUUGUAUUUAUUCUUUUACAGGCUUUUAUUUUUUAAUAAAAUACUUGUGAUCUGAAAACCAAUACUAGUAUUAUAAUUCAGGAAAAUGAAUUGUGCUAUGCAUAUUAUUGAAUAUGUACAUUUAUAGCAUGAAAAUUUGUAAAUUACUUUUUAAGAAGUUUUACAAAAGAGUAGACUAAUACAUAAUAAUAAAAGGAAAGACCUAAAAAAAGUUCUUUUUUUUUAAAUUUCAGCCAGCCAAAAUGUUGGCCGUUUGAUGACUUUGAUCUACCGAAGAGUCAAAAUGUUGGCCGUUUGAUUACUGCUACUUCCUCACCAAGGUUGCUGCAGAAAGCUGCCCAGCUGCUGACAAGCUGGGACCCGCGUCAGGCAGCUGGUCUUUUGUCUGGAUGGUCAGCACGCAGGGAGUGGAUAGCCCCACCUCAAAGAGUCUCUUGCUCCCACUUUAGCUUUCCCAAAUCAAUUUUGCUAUAGGUACCCCAUAUUUACCUCAUUUCCUACCCCAUAUAAAUACCUCAUUUUUUACCAUCCCUUUUACCCUCUUUCCAAAAACCCUUCCCCCCUCCCCCACUUUUCUUCUUCUUCCCUCUCUCUCUCUUCUCCAUCUUUUCUUUUCACGCAGCCCCCCUCAUCCCCUCCCCUUUCUUUUUCUUUUCUCUAAAACUUGAUUUCUUCUCCAUUUCAAGAUCUCUUCCCAUUAAGUCUUCUCAUUUUUACAAUCUUUUCUCCCUCCAAGCUUCUUCUCUUGCUUCUCUCCUCUUCUGCCUUUUUUUCGUUUCAAAUGGAAGAGCUACAAUAAUCGGACGAAGGGGAAAAGCUCGGUGACGUGGGGAGUUGUGUCUAAGGUAACCAUCCCUUCUCAAAUCAUGAGUUACGUACUCCAUUUAUGAUUUUUCUUCAUGUGCGUUUUUUAUUUUUAUUUUUUCCUUUUUUCGAUUUUAUGUAUAUUAUGUAUGAUAUAAAAGUGAAUAAAUGAUUAUUUUGUUUCAUUGUAAUGAUUUUGAGGUGUUACCUAAUUAAAAUUUUAGUGUAAUUUCUCUAUUUCAUUUUAUGCCCAUAACAUGUUUGUAGAAAUUACUCAAUGAAGUUUUUGUUGAAAUUCAAGAUUUUUUUUCCAUUUUUUGUACCUCAAUGUUUAAUGAGUAUUUUUAUGGAUUUCCAAUUUAAUAUGAUAUAGUAAUUUAAUUGAUGUUUGGGAAAAGAGUAUGUUGUUUUUUUGUAAUUUGUUUGUAUUUUGUUUGGCGGACAGACAAUUUAGAACUGCAGUGUCUGUCUAGCCUAAAGUGAACACGGUUUUGUCUUAAAGUCUGGGCCAAUUAACUACUCUCUGUCUUAUAGCCAGACAAAUUUUGUCUGGUCCAGACAUUAGUAGUCUGGGCCAAUUAACUACGCUCUGUCUUACAGCCAGACAAAUUUUGUCUGGGCCAGACAUUAGUAGUCUGGGCCAAUUGACUACUCUCUGUCUUACAGCCAGACAAAUUUUGUCUGGGCCAGACAUUAGUAGUCUUGGCCAUUUAACUACUCUCUGUCUUACAGCCAGACAAAUUUUGUCUGGGCCAGACAUUAGUAGAGUGGGCCAAUUAACUACUCUCUGUCUCACAGCCAGACAAAAGUUGGUUGUGCCAGACAACAGUUGUCUCGUCCAGACAAAUUGAUUAUGCCUCACAUAUGUUAUUUGUACCAAAUAUGUGUUCUGACUACGUGUUGUGUAUUAAUCGUAGGUAUUCACUUCAAGAUGACGAAUGACUUCAAAUGUAAGGCUGAAAAAGAGUUCCAAACGGACGCUAAUUCAUUUACAAAAUUUAUACCAAGUGUGACUUCUUUUGCAAUGGAGAAAUAAAUGCAAGGAUGCUGAAGUAUAUAGUGUUGGGGGAAUGUGUCCGUUUUGAAUUUGUGAUUUUUUGAACAUGUAUUUUUUUCAUAUUACAGUUGGGAAAAUGUGUUGAAUAUUGUACAAUGUUACAUGUUCAAUGUUGAACAAUUGGAUUCAGCGGUAUUGUCUGUAUGUGUUGUAUACUUAUGUAUGUUGAUCUUUUGUUUGUCUGGUUAUCUGUGGUAUUGUCUGUAUGUGUAAAUUGUUUGUCUU